AUGAGUGUCAAAAUCGGGAGAGCCACACACGAGGCCAAAACCCGGUCCGAACCCAAAACCCUUAGGGUGUCCGUUUGCUCGGAAACUUGCAUAGUACCGAGCUCGGCUGCAAACGCGCUUCCGAUUCUCCCUGCGACCACAAUAGAUGUGACGACUGGGCUUAGCUCCCGAGAGAAAGCGAGGGCCAAAACACCGCCUACGGAUCGGUUGAGGCCGAGUCGAGUGAACUCGCGCACGAAUUGGAUUGUAAAAGCCAUGCCCACAAAUGCAGAGGUUAAGAGGCAGACGCCGACGGAUCUCGGGCCCACGCAUGCCAGCUGUUGGAGGGUGUUUUUCCAGUGGAUUUUGCCGUUGAGGGAUCGGGUGAUGACUUGGCCGGCGAGGAUGAGGAUGGAGAGGGCACGCCAGAGGUAUCUGGGUGGGGCCCAGUUUGAGAGGAGUGUGUUUGGUCUGUCGUUUGGUUCGUUUGGUUGUUCUUCUUCUGGGAUGGAAGAGGCGAUUGGGUUGCCGUCGCUGGUGGUUAGGGCAGCAGCAAUGGGUGAGGGCUUUUGGAGAUGA